AUGAAGGUUCAAUUGCUUCUCGGCGCCCUGCUGCCUCUUGCCUCUGCUCACUUCAAGCUCAUCUAUCCUGCCGCACGUGGUUUCGUUGAGGACAACCUGCCCCAAUUCCCCUGCGGUGGUCAGAACACUGUCAGCUCGAACCGCACUCAGUUCCCCAUCGAUGGUGCACCCAUCCAGCUCCUCAUGGGCCACACUGCCGCCAAGGUUCAGGUCCUGAUGGCUCUCGGAAACGACCCUGGCAUCAACUUCGACAUCACUCUCGUGCCUACUUUCCAGGAGAAGGGUCCCCAGAACUUCUGUAUGGGUGCUGGUGCUCUGCAAUUCCCUCCUGGCUUGAACAUCACCGAUGGCAUGAACGCUACCAUCCAGGUCGUCACUAACGGUGACCCCAACGGUGGUCUCUACAACUGCGCCGACAUCACCUUCACCUCGACUCCAUUGACUGCUGCCCAGUACAGCGCCGAUUGCCAGAACAGCACUGGUGUCACCGCCGAGGCCCUGACCAACGCAGGCAACGCAAACCAAUCGACUACUGAUGCCACGAACGUUGCUUCAGCUUCUGGCUCUUCCUCUGCUUCCGUUUCUGCUGCCUCCUCUGGUGCCUCUUCUGCUGCCAGUGGCUCCAAGACCUCUACUGGUGCCGCUGCUCAGGCCACAUUUGCUGGCUUUGCUCUCGGUGCAAUGGGUGUUUUGGCUGGUAUGGCCGCUUUGUAA